AACCACUCCAUACUUACAAUUGGUAGGCGACACAGCUCACAUAGGUCACAAGGCCAUGGCUAACACUACCAUGGCGAGCGGUAUCAACGAGGGGAGGUUGCUCGCCUUUCUCAUCGUCCUGUACGCUUCCACGAUCGCCGCAUCCAUCGGGCGCAGGAUAUUGGGGGCGCGCCUCGCCGCGUGGCGCUCCGACGGCCUGGGCGCCACCUGCAUGUCCUUCGCGGCGCUCACGCUCGCGAUGCAGGCCAUGCUCGCGUGCGUCCUUGAGGAGAAGCCCGCCGCGGCCGCGGCGGCGGUGGCGAGGCGCCCGGCCAGCGGCGGCCGGCUCCCGUGGCUGGUCGCCGCCGUGAGCUGGAUGUGCGUCACCAACUACUUCGUCGCCUACAUCGCCCUCGGCGGCAACGUGGCGCCCACCUCGCUGGAGUGGACGGCCGCCGGCGUCGCCUCCGCCGCCAACCUCGCCAUCGCCACGCGUACCGUCCGGCGUCACUUGGGUGUGAGCAACCCGGCCAAGAACGAGUCGUAGAUCUGCCAGGAGCCAAGGAAGCUGGAGUUUUUUUGGAGAUGACUGCUCGAUCCGGCGUGUUUACCAGUAGUUUAUCAAUCAAUAGUACCUUGUUAUUUCAUUGCCCUAGCUUUGUUCGUGAACUUUGCUGUAGUUUCUGUAUGAUCUCCAUGGAUCCAGUACUUGCUAGACCUUAAUUAUGAAAUGGAAACUUGCA